AUGAGCUCCAGAAGGUUGUUUCAGCUUCUAGUCUUGUUUCUUGGGCUAUUCUUGCGCAUCAAAUUUGCUAAUGGCUGUAACCUAAGUGCACGAGAAGAUAGAAUCCUAUGCAAAGACAAGGAGAGACAAGCUCUACUGGCGUUGAAGCAAAGCCUGGUCGAUGAUCAUGGACUACUUUCUUCUUGGGGAAUUCGUGAUUGUUGUCAGUGGAAAGGUGUCGGAUGCAACCAGCGAACCAAGCUUGAUCUUCGUCCUUCCUUUAGUGAUGAACCGCUGAGAGGUACCAUUAAUCCUUCACUGCUUCAACUUCAGCAUUUGAAUUUUCUAUAUCUCAGUGAUAAUGAUUUUGGGAGCAGUCAGUUUCCGGAUUUCAAUGAUUCCUUGAGCAGAUUAAGCGUUACAAGCUUUGAUUGGCUUUACCAUCUAUCUUUUCUAAAAUAUCUUGACCUUAGUUCCAACCAUGUUGGAGAAAACAGUUGGCUGAAAUUAGUGAAUAAGCUCCCUCUUCAUCUAGAGAAUUUGCAGUUGAGGUCGUGUGGCCUUCAUGGUACAAUAUUGUCCCAACCUCUAAACGGUUCUUUUGCAUCUCCUAUUAGAGUCAAUAAUCUCUCCAGAAACAGGCUUUCUUCUUCUUCUGCAUUGAAAUGGUUGACCAAUAUAAGUAGCAACCUUGCUGAACUUAACCUUGAAUAUAAUAACUUGAUCCAAGCCUCAAUUCCAGGGAUUUUCAGGAACAUGGCUUCCCUUCAACAUCUUUAUCUCACGGACAAUCAACUUGGAGAUGGGAUUCAAGGAUUUAUUGGGAACAUAUGUACUUUAAAAACAUUGGACCCUUCCCGUAACAACUUGACUGGCUUGUUUCCCCGGUUGCCUCCGUGCAUAGAGAGUUCAUUGGAGAUUUUCAACUUGGAUUGGAACAGCCUUCAAGGUCCAUUGCCUGAUUUUACAAGGUUUCUUUCCUUGACAAAUACACUCUCUCUCUCCCAUAAUCAAUUGAAUGGCUCUUUAUCAGAAGGCUUUAGUCUAGCUUCUUCCAACUGUUCCAAGCUUGUUGUCUUGGUCCUGGAUGGCAACCAACUUACUGGUCCAUUACCCAAUUUCUGUAAUACUGCUUUCAUGUCUUUGGAAGAGUUGGAUAUCAGUCACAACAGGUUCAACGGGACAGUGACUGAAAGUUUGGAGUGCCUGUCUAGGCUUAAGCAUUUGCUUGCUUCUCGGAAUUCCAUGGGAGGUAUCAUAUCUAAAACCCUUUUUGAAAAUCUCACCGAAUUGCUGUCACUCGACUUAUCUUUGAACCAUUUAACUCUAAAUUUCAGAAGUGACUGGGUUGCCCCUUUUCGGUUGAGACAUCUUUCUCUAUCGUUUUGCAAAGUGGGGCCAUACUUCCCAAAAUGGCUUCAAGCUCAAAAUGAUUUACAGCAUCUAGAUAUCUCUGGUGCUGGAAUUUCAGACACCAUUACUUGUAUUUCUUGA